AUGCCCACCAUCCCCCCGCGCGUCACCAGCUGCGACGCGCCGCCCCCUGCUCUGGUGGAGCAGGCCGCCACCUGCGGCCGCUGCCGCGCAGAGCUGGGGGCACGCGGGCGGCUGUGCACGCACUGCCGGCUGGACGAGGCGACGCUGCAGUGGGAGCUGCGGCUGUUCACGCUCACGACGCGCGCGCUCGCGCUCGGUGCGGCGGUGUCAGCAGAGGCGGCCGCGCGCCAGGCGCAGGCCCAGACGCUCCGCCGCAUCGGCCGGGGCGGACUCAACGAGACAGGGCUGGAGGGCGGCGGCGGCCUGGACGGCGGCGCGUCGGGCUCUGGCACUGCUGACCUGGCGCUGCUGGAGGGGGGGCGGCGCGGGGACGCGCUGGUGGCUGAGACGCAGGUGUUCCGCCACCCCUCCGAGGCGGAGCGCACUCUGAGGCUGCUGAUGCAGCAGCUGGCGCGCCACGGCGGCAGGCAGCAUGCCCCCAUAGUGAAGGCGGCCCAGGCCCACCUGGAGCGGCUUGAGGCCACGCGGCGCCUCUUCCUGGCGGCACGCUCCCUCAUGCUGGCCCAGCGCAUGCUGCUGUGA